AUGGAUAAAAAUAGAUCACACCUUGCAGAAAAUCAUGAAGGAGAAAAAUUCUCCUCAUUAAGGAAGGGCACAUCCUGGGACUAUAGUUACGACUCAUCGGAUAACACCGGUGGUAACAUCCCUUUGCCAGUUUAUACCCCUUGUAUCAAAUCCGGAGCAUUAGACGAUUCGAAUGAUACGCCACCAGUGUGCAAGAAAGCGGACGAGGACGAGGACGAAGUGAGCGGGUUUGUAAGAGGCAACGACUCGGACCUCAUCGGUCUGACGACAACAUGGAUCAGAAAUUCAUACGAUCCUGAUGCUGUUUCUACGAGUGAAAGUAGUCAAGAGGAGUCUGGAUGGAUCUAUCAAGAGACUGCCAUCGAAGACUCGGGUGAGGAGUUCAACCAAGAUUAUGUCAGGAGGCUAGAGGCAGAGCUUAACGAGGUGAAGGAUAACGUCGACGUGGCGCAGAAGAAACUCAAGUAUUGGCACAUCUUGUACUGGGAAAGCCGAGAUGAUUAUUAUUUCUCGCACAUUGUUGUACAUGAGCCUGAACAACGGGAAAUCCCAGACAGAGAGUCAGAGAAGUGGCACUCCGCCCAUGGCGACCCAGACGAGAAGAAACUACCCGAUGAAGCAAGCUGGUACGACAUCCAGCUCUCUGAGUACCAUCUGCAUCAGCUUGAACUAGACCUUGAUGAGGAAACGGAAAACUGUGCCAUGAUAGAGUCGGAGUUGACGGUGUGCCUGAGAGUAUGGAACCCCAUACAAGGGAAACUUUUAAGUGCUGAUGAUUUCCUUAUUUUGCCAGAUGAUGAGAGAUGUUUAGACUACGGCAAUUUAAGUGAGUCUACAUUCAUGUAUUCCUACGGAUCUGCUGCGCCGUACUUCAGAGGCACAUAG